AUGGAUGAAAUAAAAGAAGACAUGGAAUCCACCUCUGACUCCACAAUUUCCACAACAAAACAACUAAUCGAGACAGAAGACAUCAAAACAACUCAAAGCCAGAUCAAUGAAAAACUCAAAAAAAUAGAAGAAAUGAUAGCACACAAAUCAAGCAUGAGCAAACAAGUCUCAGAAGAGCAUGAAUACAACAAUGGAUUACAAAAAACAAAAGAUCAAAGCUGUAAAGCAAACUGA